UGAAAAGUUCGGCUACACACACAUGAUUAAUUUGGUUUUCCGUGUUAACGGGAUGACAGCGGUGUUUCGUUGUCUUAGUUUUUCUGUUGAGUUUGUGGUUUUUCUUAUGUUAAUUGAUUUGAUAGCUCUUCUGUAUUUGUUCGAACUUCCUUGAAACAUCGAUCGAGCUGAGUAAGAUAUUCAUCCUUCUUUGAAUGAAUGAUUGGAUCAGUGGUUUCGUGAACAGUUCUUGCUGAUUGCGUUAUUUAAGACGUCAUGACUAUGAGGAACAGACUUGGGCAUGCCACCACCCCGGUCGCUGAGAAGGCAUUGGAGAGGCAGAGUGCUAGUAAAGAGUCACGGCUAGCUCUCUCAUGGGGCUUACUUAAUCUUAUCCUAGCUCUGCUGUGCUUUAUAGAAAUAAUUUUUCACUCGGUUGCGGACUUUUUCAACCUACAACCUGAGUGGGUAUGGUACCCAGCCUUCUUUCUAGCUGUUUUGUUCAGUAUUAACACUCUGAUUGACCUGGCUAGAUACGCCAUUCCCAUACUACAAUGGACUCAUCAGCCGAUCCAGCUAUCCCCAAAGGAGAGAGAUCUGUUGGGAGUGAACAAAAAUGCUGUAGGUUUUAAGAGCUCCACCCCUUUCAGACCUCGGAUGACCUCGGCACCUGCAAACCUCAACAAAUACGGAGCCAAGAGUGGAAGCCCUUCCAUUCAACCCUCCAGCACAUACCUGUACUCCUGCAACCCCUCACUGGGCACGCCUCCAAUGAGUGUCUACAACACACCACAGGGGGGCAGUGAUAGGUCGCACCAUGUCUCCCCGGUGUUUUCAACGUUGUCUGUGUCGCAGGGAAGCCCCUACGCCACACCCCAGCAUUCCCUCAAUAGAACGACGCCGCACGGUAGCCCUCACACAUCCAUGUCGGGUAUCUCGCCUUCUCCACUUCUACGUGACAGUAACAACAGUAUGCUCCUCAGAUCUCGGCACCAGUCUUCUCCCGUAAAACACUCUCCAUUAACAUCUGAUGAAAUCAUCACAGAUCCAGCUGCGCUUAAUUCAUAUCUAAAAUCUGUGGAAGAAAAGGAGAGAAAAUACAAUCUCGGGAGCAAUGAGUCGUCCCCUAGUGGCAGUCCAUCCUUCUGGGCCUACAACCGUACGGCAACGGACUACACACCCUUCCUGCGUAAGUUCCAAUACCAGUUGGCUAGUCGCUCACCCCAGUCACCUGCGUCCCGUAGCGAUGACCCUGACUACCCGUCGACGUACGGCGCUGAUACAGUCUGGGGACGGGUGGAUGUGAGGAGGGAUCAACUAGACCUGUGGACGGCCAAUCUUCGCAUGUGGAUAUCUCAGACGAUCUUGGUACCUCUGGUGCGAGCGAUAGAUGAGCUGAAUGUCACCCUGACCAAACUUGGAAGGGCAGAGUUGCAGAUUGGAGAAGUCAGCAUAUCAUCACUACGUCAAGUUUCCCUCACAAAGAGACAACUUGUCCCCACAUUAUCAAUGGUAUUGCCCUACCUGGAUGUCUCGGCCAAUCAGGAGUAUGUUGUGCAGAGAAUGCGAGAUUUAGCGUCAGGGGGAUGUAUAAGUGACUUCCGGUGGAACAAAGGAGCAGACUUUAAAGGACGGAAAUGGGAUGAAGACCUUCCAAAUGACAGCGGGAUGGUGAUGCAUAUGCUGUGUACAUAUUUGGACUUCCAACUUCCCAGUGAUCCCAAAUACUGCGAUGGCAAAACCUUUGCCAGUCAGUACUUCAUGAAGACGCCCGACAAACCAGAUCUGAAGAAGAAGGACCAGCUGUUGUUGUUUCAGACCAAGAUUAACCCCCCACAUUACAAAUUGAUCAUCGGUGAUGACACUUGGGAUCUGCCGAAGGGUCGAAGCAACAUGUUUCAGGCCGUCCUGCUGUUUCUGCAUCAUGUGAAAACCAAGGAGCACGGCAUGCUGGGACGUGUCAAUCUUGGAAUGUCCGGAGUCAAUAUAUUAUGGGUGAUUGAUGAUGAAUGAAAUGCUUCAAGCUGUCACAGGAUGGUUAGUCUGGUGCUCUUUUGGUUCAUAAUACAUGUAUGACCGUAUGGUAAAUGCUGGAACCCACACAUGCUUUGUGUCGCAGCUGCAAGAGUUGGAGUGUCAGAAAGUGCCAAAAGCUUAUGUGUACAUUCCAAAAUGGAAAGAAGUGUGCACAACGAGAAAUAAAUUGUUGGAUGAUCGAGAGAAGUAUGGUAACCAUACAUUUAUAACAUUUUACAAAGUCAGUUGGUCAGAAAGACAAAGUCAGCUGUCUGGAGUAAAUCAGAUAAAAGAGAGAAAGAAAGCGUUUACAGCAAGUUAAAUAAUCUUAGAGAGUUAAGUGAUUACAGAAAUUUGGCUGACAAGAGCGUCAGGUGACCCAAGAGCGUCAGGUGACCCAAGAGCGUCAGGUGACCCAAGAGCGUCAGGUGACCGAGAAAGUCAAGUGACAACAGACAGGCUGUUUUAUUGCCAGCUUUGCCAGAUAUUAAAUGGUUGAGCUAGUAUGUCAAUGUCACUACCGUUAUGGGCAAAAUAUUUGACAUUAUUUUGUUACAAAACACCCAUAGUUGCCUUUUCUCAUGGAUUUGUUUUAUUCCAAAAUAAUAAACAGGAUAUUUUGUUUAUAAAUGUAACAAGUUGAAUGUACAAACUGCAACCAAGUUGCACUGUUAUCUUGAAAUAUUAUUCAGGCAAGGUUUUUCAGAUUUUGGGUGGGGGAGGUACGGAUAUGAUUUGCCUAAAGUUCAGGAGUGGAUUUCACAAAGAGUUAAGACUUGCCUUAUUUCGUUAAGGACGAGUGACUCGUCAAAACUAAGGACUCACCUUAGGUUUUUUAUAGAUCCUAAAGAGUCCUAGGACUAGUCCUAAGUUAGGACUAUCUUUUUGAAAUCGUCUACAGAGGCAAAACAAAUGAAAUGGUUGCAUAUAUUAUUCGUACCAAAACUCUCUAUUUAAAUCUCUGGGUGUGGUAGUUGCCUUAAGACAAACAGAAGAAGAAUAGUAAGCUUGGUACCUCUUGACUUUUUCUGUCCCGUCCACUAAAGAACUAUGUGAUGACUUGUACUUUGUAUGGCCAGUUGUUUUAAUCAACCAAACCCAUAAUCCACACAGCACUGAACUUAAAUUUAUUUUUGGAUAUGAUUUGCCUAAAGACAACCAGAAGACAAAGAAAAUUAAAUGGUUGUUUUUUACAGUUAUGCCAAGUUGAUCCAUCAUGCACAAAUUCAUCAGGAGUUAAGUGUCUAAGAAUAACCGUGACAUAAUUUAAGAAAACCGUCUAUAAGUGCAUUUACCGUUUCAGUCUGUCCACUCCAAUUUAAGGAUGGAUACCGAUAUGAUUCGCCUCAAGACAAACAGAAGAAAAAUAGUAAGAGUCCCGUGUUUACUUUUUCUGUCCCAUUCAAUUAUUAAAGACAAAUGCGAUGACUUCAACAAAGCGGUCAGUUUCGUAACUAACCAAAUCAAUAAUCCAUACAGCCCUGAACUUGUAUGAUUUAAUUUAUUUUUGGUGUGACUAAUUUUUGGCAGAACAGAAUUCAUGGUUUUUGGUUGACCAUUUGUUUUUUAGGGUUUUGUAUGUUAGUGAUCAGUUAAAUUUGUUGAUGUAAAAUUAGUGUAGUCUUCUCCUUCUUUUGUAAAUAGUAGUUUUGUCUGAAUUAAAAUUGCCAAUAUUUACGUGGUGUGUAACAUUUGACAAA